GUUUGGGAUGAGUAAACGGUUUUGGUUGCUGACGGUCGCCAGUUUUCAAUCCGGAGAGACGAGAGGACAGUUCACCGCUCACCAUUCAUCCAUCAACUCACUCACUCUUUCACAAUGCCUCUCUGAUUUCGACACCUCUCACCGCCUGCAUGUUUACACCUCACACGCCGACUUGGAUUUACAAGGAUCUCUCUGUAUUCGCUGUUCAUCUUCAAUCCUAAAGGGCAUUGCCUUUUUGGGACUCGUGAAGCUUUUACUUGUUCUUUAAGAAACCGCUUUGCUGAAAUCUUGGUAGGGGCAGUCAGAAUACAGGUUCAAUUGCUGAUUUUCCGAGACGUUUUUGCGGUGAAGUCGAUAUGGAUGAGGACAAUGAGAUCGAACUUUUGCAACGGUACCGUCGGGACAGGCGGGUCCUCCUAGAUUUCAUGCUAUCGGGUACCUUGAUAAAGCGGGUAGUAAUGCCUCCAGGUGCAGUCACAUUGGAUGAUGUGGAUCUGGAUCAAGUCAGUGUGGAUUAUGUCAUUAACUGUGCCAAGAAAGGUGACAUGCUCGAACUAUCCGAAGCAAUCCGAGAGUACCAUGAUGGUACUUUGUUCCCCAGCAUGAGUAAUGCAGGUCCCACAGAUGAAUUCUUUCUAGCCACAAAUCCUGAAUAUUCAGGUUCUCCUCCCCGAAGAGCACCUCCACCUGUACCUGCCGUUGUUUCUACUCCACUUGUGUCCAACCUUUCUAUUUCAGAGCCUUUUGAUAACGAACAAGUUGAUGAAUCACCUCAAUUGUCAAAGUCCCAGUCUCUUAGCUCUUCGCAGCCUAAAGAUCUUACCGUGGAUGACAUUGAUGAUUUCGAGGAUGAUAUUCUGGAUGAGAUUGAGAGCCGUAGAUAUUCUAGAAGAGUUCUAAAUGAUGCCUCAGAUGUUGUUCUGGGAUUGCCUACAUUUGCUACUGGUAUUACAGAUGAUGAUCUACGUGAAACUGCGUAUGAAAUCCUCCUUGCUGCUGCUGGAGCUUCAGGUGGCCUGAUUGUUCCAUCAAAGGAAAAAAAGAAAGACAAGAAAUCUAGAUUGAUGAGGAAACUAGGGCGAAGUAAAACUGAAAAUGCUGCAAUGCAGCCUCAAAGUUCACAUGGUUUAGUUGGGUUGUUGGAGACCAUGCGUGUUCAGAUGGAGAUUUCAGAAGAAAUGGACAUCAGAACAAGACGGGCACUUCUAAGUGCUAUGGUUGGAAAAGUUGGAAAAAGAAUGGAUACUCUAUUGGUUCCCUUGGAGUUACUAUGUUGCAUCUCACGUUCGGAGUUUUCAGACAAGAAGUCUUAUAUCAAAUGGCAGAAAAGACAAUUAAAUAUGUUGGAAGAAGGACUUGUAAAUCACCCUGUUGUAGGAUUUGGUGAGUCUGGGAGAAAAGCAAGCGAUUUGAGGAUUCUUCUGGCGAAGAUUGAAGAAUCUGAGUCCCUUCCAUCAGCUACUGGUGAUCUUCAGAGGACUGAUGGUUUGAGGUCCCUUAGAGAUAUUGCUAUUCCACUUGCAGAAAGGCCUGCAAGAGGUGAUUUGACUGGUGAAAUAUGCCACUGGGCGGAUGGGUAUCACCUCAAUGUCAGAUUGUAUGAGAAACUACUGCUCAGCGUUUUUGAUGUUUUGGAUGAGGGCAAGCUCACAGAAGAAGUGGAAGAAAUGUUGGAGCUUUUCAAGUCAACCUGGCGUAUCUUAGGAAUAACAGAAACAAUCCAUUAUACUUGCUAUGCUUGGGUGUUAUUUCGGCAGUUCGUCCUCACCGGUGAGCAAGGAAUCCUGCAACAUGCUAUUGAUCAGUUAAAGAGAAUACCUUUAAAGGAGCAACGUGGCCCACAAGAAAGGUUGCACUUGAAAAGCUUAAGAUGCAGAAUCCAGAGCGAGAAUGGUUCUCAGGAGUUGACUUUAUUGCAGUCAUUCCUGUUACCUAUUCAAAAAUGGGCUGAUACUCGGCUGUCAGAUUAUCAUCUUCAUUUUGCUGAGGGAUCAAAAAUGGAGAGUACAGUAGUUGUUGCUAUGGUUGUUCGGAGGCUUCUCCUGGAAGAAUCGGAGUUGGCAAUGAAUGAUACAGCUCUCUCAGAUGCUGAGCAAAUUGAGGCCUAUAUAUCAUCCUCAAUUAAACAUGCGUUUGCCAAGACUCUACAUGAAGUUGAAGCAUUGUCCAACACGACACAUGAGCACCCCUUAGCACUGCUUGCUGACCAGAUAAGGAUGCUUCUAAGAAAAGACACAACGACAUAUGCACCCAUAUUAUCCCUCCGUCAUCGAAAUGCCAGUGCUGUUUCAUCAUCUCUUCUCCACAAGCUUUAUGGCAUCAAACUGAAACCAUUCCUUGAUAGUGCGGAGCAUCUUACAGAAGAUGUUGUGUCUGUGUUCCCGGCUGCUGAUAGUCUUGAACAAAGUAUCAAAUCAGUAAUCACAUCUACAUGUGAAGAGGGAUCUUCUGACUCUUACCUCAAGAAACUGAAUGUGUACAAGAUUGAUACUAUAUCUGGAACUUUGGUUCUGCGGUGGAUCAAUUCACAACUUUCAAGGAUCUCAGAUUGGGUUGAACGUGUGUUUCAACAGGAGAAAUGGGCCCUGGUCUCAGCUCAGCAAAGGCAUGGAAGUUCAAUUGUUGAAGUCUACAGGAUUGUUGAGGAGACAGUUGAUCAGUUCUUUGCUCUUAAAGUCCCAAUGAGGCCAACUGAAUUGAGUAGCCUCUUUCGUGGCGUUGACAAUGCAUUCCAAGUGUAUACGAAGCAUAUUCUUGACAAUAUAGCUGACAAGGAAGACAUAAUACCGCCGGUGCCUGCUCUUACACGUUAUAGGAAAGAAAGUGGAAUCAAAGCAUUUGUUAAGAAGGAACUAACAGAUACAAGGUUCCCAGAUGUCAAAAAGUCAAUUGAAAUAAAUGUUCCUACGACACCAGUGCUAUGCAUUCAAUUGAAUACCCUUUAUUAUGCAAUUAGCCAGCUAAAUAAAUUGGAGGAUAGCAUUUGGGAGCGAUGGACUAAAAAGUGUCAAGGUCAACCUGCAAAAAGACCUACAGAAGCUAAGUCAAAAAAUUCAAUCCGAAAGGACAGUUUUGAUGGAAGCCGGAAAGACAUUAAUGCUGCCAUUGACCAGAUCUGUGAGUUUACAGGAACUAAAAUAGUUUUCUGGGAUUUGAGAGAGCCAUUCAUAGAUGGCCUAUAUAAGCCAAGUGUUUCUCUGUCGAGGUUGGAAGCUGUGAUUGAGCCUCUUGAUGCGGUACUCAGUCAGUUGUGUGAUAUCAUUGUGGAGCCACUCCGGGAUCGUGUUGUAACAGGACUUCUUCAAGCAUCGCUGGAUGGUUUGAUCCGUGUAGUGUUAGAUGGAGGCCCCUCGCGUCUGUUCACUACUGCUGAUGCUAAGCUGCUCGAAGAAGAUGUGGAAUCUCUGAAGGAGUUCUUCAUUUCUGGAGGAGAUGGACUUCCUCGUGGAGUGGUGGAGAACCAGGUAGCGCGCAUUCGGCAGGUGAUCAAGUUGCACGGCUAUGAGACACGCGAACUUAUCGAGGACUUGAAGUCUGCGAGUGAGCUCGAAUUGCAGGGCGGGAGGGGCAAACUUGGCGCCGAUACAAAGACACUGAUAAGAAUUCUGUGUCACAGAUGCGAUUCCGAGGCCUCUCAGUUCCUCAAGAAACAGUACAAAAUCCCCAAAUCUGUUGCUUGAUGUUUGCACCAAACAA